AUGACACAGCCCCUGUCCAUCGCCAUCAUAGGUGCGGGUCUCUCUGGCCUCUGUCUGGCACUCGCACUCCACCAAGAACAAAUCCCCUGUGUCAUCUACGAAACCCGAGCUGAGCCACUCGACAUUGGUGGCGCCAUCAUGCUAUCCCCAAACGCUUUGCGCAUCCUCGAACGGCUGGGCGCCUAUGAACGUCUCCAGCCACUAGGCUACGACUUUGACCAGCUCUACUUCCGCACCGAGGAUGACCAACUUCUCGACACGUUCGAGUUUGGGGGCAAAGACAAGUUUGGCUACAGAGGGAUGCGAGUGUACCGCUUCGAGCUCAUCAAAGUCCUGCUUGCAAUGCUUUCAGAAGUCGACAUUACACCCCAGUACGGCAAGAAAUUCAGCCACGUCGUGAGCGAAGACGAGGGCAGCGUCACAUGGGCCUUUGACGACGGAUCGUCCAGCAGCGCCUCUUUGCUCGUCGGUGCUGACGGUAUACACUCUCGCGUGCGCUCAUGCAUGCAUCCAGACGCUUCACCGAUCUUCACCAAGAUGGUUGGUGUAACCGCUUCCAUACCGACCUCCCAGCUCGGAGUGGAUGCCGACUACACUCUGCCUGUCACCAUCAUGAACAGGAAACAUGGCGCUUUUAUCGCUGCGCCGCAACGUAAAGACGGCUCUGAAAUGUUCAUUGGCAAACAGUGCCCCUUCGCAGAAGAUCUGGAUCGACCAGGGUGGGAUCGCGUCCUCAAUGAUAGGCAGUGGUGCAUCGACUUUCUACGCAAGGGGCAAGAAGACUACCCCCCAUUGGUGGGUCGCGCCGUCUCGAAGCUGGACAUGGACAAGAUCAAUCUCUGGCCCUUUUACCUCAUCCCAAAGCUCACCUCGUGGUUGUCCGACAAGGGAAGGGUAGUCAUCCUUGGCGACGCGGCGCACGCAAUCCCGCCCACGGCAGGCCAGGGCGUAAAUCAGGCGUUUGAGGAUGUAUACACAUUCUCACGUGUCAUGGCGGGAUUGCAGAGAUCUCCAGACGCUGUUGCGUCGUUGGUCCUGCGCAGGUGGCAGGACAAGCGUCAGCUCCGCGUGGACGGGGUGCUCGAGCUCAAUGCCAGCAUCAACAAGCGCAGGCUGCCCUCUGCCUUGGGGGGUCCGAUGGCGGCUGAGGGCUUUGAUUUGCGAUGGCUUUAUGAUAUUGACUAUGAAAAGUUUGUUGAGGAGAUUAUGGGGUCUGCUUGA